CUUUUUUUUAUAUUUUUACAAUUAUCUCCAUCUUUAUCACCAAAUUACCAUGCUGCACAAACAUAUCGACUCGGAUGAAGCGCUCAAGCUUGCCAAGAAAUCUAUUCACACACACAUUGGCAAAGCCAGAGAUCUGCAUAGUUUGGCCUAUGGCUCGCGAUAUGCUACCGAAGACAUCCCAAGGUUCAAGCUUCCAGAGCAUAUGACCGAUGCAAAGGCUACUUAUCAACUUAUUCAUGAUGAGCUUGAUUUAGAUGGCAGACCCAAUACGAACCUAGCAUCCUUUGUCACCACUUGGAUGGAGCCAGAGGCAAACCAGCUUGUGGUGGAAAACAUCAACAAAAACCUCUCUGAUCAGGAUGAAUAUCCCGCUACUAUGAAGAUCCAUGCCAGAUGCAUUUCCAUCCUUGGUGAUUUGUGGAAGAGCAAAGGAGCCGUUGGCACUUCGACCAUCGGCUCUUCAGAAGGUGUUCAGCUUGGAGGCCUAGCCAUGAAGAAAAGAUGGCAAGCCAAACGAAAAGCCGAAGGCAAAGAUACCUCGAGGCCCAACAUUGUGAUGGGAAAUAAUGCUCAAGUAGCCCUAGAGAAAUUCGCCCGUUAUUUUGAUGUCGAAUGUCGCAUGAUUCCUGUCACUGCCGAGAGCCAUUAUUGUCUGGACAUCAAGAAGGCAGCGGAGGCUUGUGACGAGAACACAAUUGGUGUCUAUGUUAUCCUCGGAAGUACUUACACAGGCCACUUUGAGGAUGUGGAGGGUAUGGCUAAUGAACUGGAUAGGAUCCAAGAAGAGAAAGGAUGGGAUAUCCCUAUCCAUGUCGACGGAGCCAGUGGUGCCUUCGUAGCCCCACUUGCAUUCCCAAAAGUUAAAUGGAGUUUUGAGUUGCCUCGUGUCAAAUCCAUCAACGUUUCGGGCCAUAAGUACGGCCUUGCGUAUCCUGGUAUCGGAUGGGUCCUCUGGAGGGAUGAAGAAUAUUUACCUCAGGAGCUUAUAUUUACCCUCACAUAUUUGGGGGCUGAGGAGAAGACAUUUACUCUCAACUUCUCGCGUCCGGCUUGUUUCAUGAUUGCCCAAUACUAUAACUUUGUUCGCCUCGGAAGAGAGGGCUAUUCAUCCAUCAUCCGUAACAGCCUUGAAAACGCAAGGACCCUGUCUUUUGCGUUGGAGUAUUCUGGUUAUUAUGAUGUUAUUUCGGAUAUGCACCGUGCCAAAGGCGUCCAUGGGUAUGAGCGUAAGACCGGUAUCGAGGCAGUCAAGGAGUCACUCAAGAAUAUGACUGACUAUAAUCCAGCUCUACCCGUCGUGGCCUUUAAGCUCACAGACGAGUUCAAGCGCAAAAACCCUCGUGUCAAACAAAAAUCAAUCUCGACGCUGUUGCGUGCUCGUGGCUGGAUUAUCCCCAACUAUGCUCUCCCACCUAAUGAGGAUAAAACUGAGAUCCUUCGUAUUGUUGUCCGUGAGUCUCUCAGCCAGGAUUUGGUAGACAGUGUUACACGCGAUCUGGUCUGGGCAGCCAAGACACUUGAAGAAAGUGAGAGUAGCUUUGAUGCAGAGGUCUUUUCCAAGAACUACGACCCUGUUAGUGAAGCGCAUAAAAUGCAAAAAGGUGGAGAGGAUGAGAAUAAGACUCAUGGAAGGCAAUGUUAGGGUAUGAAAGCAGGUAAUGAUUAAAUACGUAUGCUCAUUCAUGUUGUAAUUAGAAGCGACUUGGUUCACAGCCUAUGUACGUGUAAAUAAUGUCCCCUUUCUUAUCCUCAUGAAUAGAUCGAGGAAACAAAUAAAAAGAAACAGCUCGAUUAUUGUGCUGGCUCAUUGCUCCUUUGCACUCAUUGGAUUCAUCAGACGCGAUAGAUUUAUUACAGUCCGAACAACAGUGUCC